AUGGCCCCCGCAGCCGCCGCCGACGUCUCCGUCGAGAGCAUCUCGGCCUACGGAAAAGCCCGAGCCACGGUUCAGGAAACCGUCCUUAGCGAUGCAGAGGUCAAGGAAAUCGACGACUACAUGCGUGCUAGUCUUUACCUUUGCUUGGGCAUGCUGUACCUCCGAAGAAACCCCCUCCUCAAAGAACCGUUGAAAGUCGAACACCUCAAAGCCCGCCUCCUGGGCCACUGGGGGUCCGACGCCGGCCAGGUCUUUACCUGGGUCCAUUUCAACCGCCUCAUCAAGAAGUACGACAUUGAUGCCAUCUUCAUUUCCGGCCCAGGGCACGGCGCGCCUGCUGUCAUUUCCCAGUCAUAUCUCGAGGGCGUCUACAGCGAAGUCUACCCGGAUAAGUCGGAAGACGAAGAAGGCCUGCGCAAGUUCUUCAAACAAUUCUCCUUUCCCGGCGGCAUUGGCAGCCAUGCCACCCCCGAGACUCCGGGCAGCUUGCACGAGGGUGGAGAACUGGGCUACUCGAUUUCACAUGCUUUCGGCGCCGUCUUUGACCACCCGGAUCUGAUCGCCUUAACCAUGGUCGGCGAUGGCGAGUCCGAAACCGGCCCACUGGCCACCAGUUGGCACAGCACCAAAUUCCUCAACCCAAUCACGGACGGCGCCGUCCUCCCCGUCCUGCAUCUCAAUGGCUACAAGAUCAACAAUCCCACCAUCCUCGCACGUGUCAGCCACAAAGAACUCGAAGCUCUCUUCGUUGGCUAUGGCUGGACCCCUUACUUUGUUGAGGGAAGUGACCCUGUUUCCAUGCAUCACGCCAUGGCUGCCACUCUGGAGAAGUGUGUGCUCGAGAUUCGAGCCUACCAGAAGAAGGCCCGUGAGUCCGGUAAAGCCUUCCGGCCCCGGUGGCCCAUGAUUGUCCUCCGUAGCCCCAAGGGUUGGACUGGCCCCCGCACCCUCGAUGGCCACUACCUGGAAGGCUUCUGGAGAGCCCAUCAGAUCCCCAUUGCGGACGUUGCUAGUAACAAGGAACACUUGAAGCUGCUGGAAGACUGGAUGAAGAGUUACAACCCGGAAAAGUACUUUGGCAAGGAGGGCAAGCUGAUCCCGGAACUCAAGAAGCUGGCUCCUGAGGGAAACCGCCGCAUGAGCGCCAACCCGGUCGCCAACGGGGGAUUGAUCAAGAAACCCCUGCAGUUGCCCGAUUUCCGUGACUACACGAUAAGGGUGAAGAAAGCAGGCGCCACCGAGGCCCCGAGCAUGUCGAACAUGGCGGUCUUCUUGCGGGAUAUCAUCGCCAAGAACCAGACCAACUUCCGUCUCUUUGGCCCCGAUGAGACCGAAUCGAACAAACUCGGCGGCGUUUACGCGGCUGGCAAGAAGGUUUGGCUCGGCGAAUACUUCGACGAAGAUGCCGAUGGCGGAAACUUGGCUUAUGAAGGCCGAGUGAUGGAAAUGCUGAGCGAGCAUACGGUCGAGGGUUGGCUGGAAGGGUACAUACUCUCCGGACGACAUGGCCUGUUGAACAGCUAUGAACCUUUCAUCCACAUCAUCGACUCCAUGGUGAACCAGCACUGCAAGUGGAUUGAGAAGUGUCUCGAGGUUGAAUGGCGUGCCAAAGUGGCCUCUCUGAACAUCCUGUUGACGGCCACCGUCUGGCGUCAAGAUCACAACGGCUUCACCCACCAAGACCCUGGUUUCCUCGACGUCGUCGCCAACAAGUCUCCCGAAGUUGUCCGGAUCUACCUGCCUCCCGAUGGCAACUGCCUCUUGUCCUGCAUGGACCAUUGCCUCCGAAGUAGCAACUAUGUCAACGUCAUUGUCGCUGAUAAGCAAGAUCACCUGCAAUACCUCGACAUGGAAGCCGCCAUUGAGCACUGCACCAAGGGCGCUGGCAUCUGGGAUUGGGCGUCCAAUGACCAAGGACAGGAACCGGACGUCGUCAUGGCCUCGUGCGGUGAUGUGCCGACCAUGGAAUCCCUCGCCGCCACAGCUCUGCUCCGCGAAUACCUGCCGGAGCUGAAGAUCCGUUUCGUCAAUGUGGUCGACUUGUUCCGACUGAUUUCGGCCGGAGAGCAUCCCCACGGCAUGAGUGAUGGGGAAUUCACCGCCAUCUUCACUGACGACAAGCCCGUCAUUUUCAACUUCCACUCCUACCCAUGGCUCAUCCAUCGCUUGACAUACCGACGGAAGGGCCAGCACAACCUGCAUGUGGUAGGUUACAACGAGAAGGGAAACAUUGACACGCCUCUCGAGCUGGCCAUCCGCAACAAAACCGACCGAUUCUCUCUUGCCAUGGACGCGUUGGACCGUAUCUCCGGUCUCGGCAACAAGGGUGCCAGUGCCCGAGAGAAGCUCCUCAACGAACAGAUCAAAUGCAAGAACGAGGCAUUCCACGAGGGUAUUGAUCCUGAAUCCAUCAGGAAAUGGGUCUGGCCGUUUUAG